AUGAACUACACCGACGAGGAUCGCCGGAUCCAAUGGACGGAGUUCGCGCAGAUUGCGAGUGUCGAAAUCCACGAGACGGAGCUGCUGCUGCAGCUGGAGAAGCUCGGCCUCGAUUAUAUGCGGGAACGGCAUCCGCAACUCUUCUCAAUAAUGCGGCAACGCUUCCCUGCCGUGUAUGACACGCUGUCCAAUGCGGGUUCCUUGGGCGUCACGCGCCUUUUUUGCAUUGCGUUGAACCAGCAGCGAGCGAGCAGCUUCAAGCGAUCCGUCGACGAUGCCCUCUUGCCGCAGGCCCCAUCUGCGAAGCAGAAAGCAUGCGCCGCGCUCAUAUCGAUGGUUGAGGCGGACCCCAGGAUCUACGUAUGCCUUCAUGUCGACUUCAUCGACCCGUGCCAGAGGCUCGAGGUACCGCAAGAGCAAUGUGUCGACAUCCCCCAGGGAUACGCACACGCAUCAUCUUCCUUCUUAGCUAACCCGGCGGCUGGCUUCUGCCGGAUCUUUGACCAACCCAAGUGCAAAGGGGAUGCCCUGUACAUUGCCAGCGGUACACGGCGCUUUAUUCCAAAGUUUGAUGUGGACUGGAAUGACCGAGCCGCCUCAAUCAUGUGCACGGACUUCGAUCCGAAUGCGAAUCAUCAGCCUACCACACUCGACUGCGACGAAAUUGACGAGCUGACCAUCAUAUUCAAGCUAGGUUCCAAGGGAACGUCGGAUAAACUGGACUUCGUGGUCGGCACCGCGCAAAUUUUCCUUGUGUCUGAUCCAAAGCCAUAUCAACAGAUCGUGAAACCAGUGGACGUGAAGAAGACAUUCAACGCCCUGACAUUGCCAUUCAAGACACUUUCCUGGAUUGGCAUUGCUUCCACGGGUCAAACUUUCCUGCCUCCAAACUUUAAGAUGGGCGACCUCAGCAGCGAAGUGGUCUGGUAUACCAACCCUCGUCCCGCGGACUGGCGCAAGCGUCGAAACUCAGACGCCGAGCUCGAGUCUGGAGGGACAAAAGACGGGACAAAAGGCGGGCAUGACGAGCACAGAUACGGCUGA